GUCAUCUCAGUGUACGAGUACUUUUGUGUUAUUCAUUCAUUCAUUUAAAUUUUGGUGCAAGAUCUCUUUUUACUUUUGUGUUUUUACAUCCUUAUCCAUCUUUACACGUUCUUUUUCUGUUGUAUUAUCCUUCCUUAUGACUAUGCGCUAUGAAAUGUGCUAUGAAAAUAACGGUGACUUCAAUAUGUUUUUACACCAGCUUUGCGUCAUUACUGCGCAGUAAUGGCAACAGUGACGAUCUCGAAGCUCCCCUGCGCCAUCACUAUUAGAGUUGCAGUCGUCUAAAUGCGGUGGCUUCAACUUUCAACUAAGCAUGUUUUGGUGCACACAGCUCGUGACCAGUUCUUGUCCGUUAAGGUCACAUCUACGACUGAAUGUGUCUACCUGUACCCACGCUCGGUGGCUUUUGAAUGGAUUUAGGCUUGAAGGCGUCAUUGGAAAACGGACAUUAUGGUUACUCUCCACAGAGACUGCGUCCUGUCCAACAAAACCAUCUCUUUUUAACUCGCACUGUGACAGUGAAGUCAGGGAAGAGGCCUCAUUACAAAACCUGAAAUCCACAGAUCCGGCCAAGUCUCCUUCGAAGCACAAGAAAACUGUGAAUACUCAGGACUGCUUAUCAAGCACAACUUGCCAUCUACCUCGAAGCAGAUUUGGGGUUAUUUGUCAUGCUUUACACAAUUUAAACAAUACAAUUUACUGUCGUCAUUCCUGCUUCAGAAAGACGACGGCUGUUAGCGCUUCGCAGUGGUUAGAAAAUGUUCACAGUAGAGCACAAGCCUACAGCCUCUCUUCUCAUCAAACCAGAGCAGUUCAUGGAGUCUGGAGUCAGUGUCUCGCUCUGGAAAAUGAAAACAGGUGUCGACGGGACCUGGCGCCCAAUUUGAAGAUGUAUAAUGUGGAGACGGGGAGAAGAGGUCAGAGCCAAGGAAAGAAUCAGGGGGGAUGGGCGUCCAUUCUGGUGUCACUCUGCAGUGUAGGGGGAGAAGCAGCAUUUCUCUUCACGCUGCGCUCCAGCAUGUUGCAGGGCAGGCACAAGGGAGAUGUCAGGUUAGUAGCAGCGAGUGGGAAAUCUUCUGCACACAGCAUGUCCUCAUUUCCGCAUCUGUGUAGCUUUGCAGGGGGAAAGAGUGACCCGUCAGACAGUGAUGUAGUGUCCACUGCGCUGAGGGAGGCCAGGGAAGAACUUGGCAUUAACGUAUCAACAGAAAGUGUAUGGGGAGUCCUCAAACCUCUCAAGGACAAGUCAGGGAUGUUGGUGGCUCCUGUGUUGGCUUACGUGGGCCCUCUUGAGGAGCUGUCCUUCAAACCAAAUCCCGGAGAGGUGGAGGAGAUUUUUAACUUGUCUUUGUCCCAUUUAUGUGACCCUCAAAACCGCGGGUACACGCACUUUCGCACAGGGGACAAGUAUGCAUACACCCUGCCAGUGUUUCGUAAUGGGAAGCAUCGUGUGUGGGGCCUCACCGCCGUUGCCUUAGAUCAAACCCUAAAACUUCUGAUUCCGUCACGUGUGCAGUGAAGCUCAUUCAUUGUUUUGCUCACAGCUCAUAUUUACUAAUGUGCAAUCAAGAUUGUUUUCUUUUUGCUGGACAUUUUUACUUGUUUUCCCAGAGUUUCUUUGAUUGAAGUCAACCACUUGCAACCGUUUUAUGUGUCGUGACACAUCUUGCUAUAAGGUCAUCUGCUGACUGACGGAAGAGAAUGUAUUGAUUAAAUGAGUUCCCGUUGGUUGUAUACGUUAAUAAGACAAUUUGUGUGCUCAAUGAUUCACAACUAUUUAUUUUCCCUGAUGGUGUUUUUUUCCCCUUACAUAAACUCAAACCUCUACCGUUAAAGAACAAAUGCCAUGAUGUGUCAUGUUCAAGCACAAAUGCAUUAAAGAUAAUCUGAACACA